AUGGACGAAGAUAUAAAAAAACAAGUUCCAGUUGUUAUGAUUGAUACAUCGAAUGUCCCUAUAUCUACAUCAUCGGAGGAUCAAAAUCGGAAUGAUCAGGGGUCGAGAGGAUCAGAUCAAAAUUCAUGUGUUGAUUCACUUGUUCAAUAUGAUUGUUUUACACAAUGUGAUACUUCUACGCAAUAUUUAAGUAGAAAUUCAUGGGACAUGUCUACAGCAACAUCAUGUAUCGCUCGUAAAGCGUUGUAUUCUUACGCAUUUCGUGAAAUGGCAUUACGUACAUUAGCAAUUAGAGGGUCUGGUCGAAAAGGACCUUUUGCAUUUACAGCAGAACAACUUGAAGUAUUAGUUGAUCCAAGGAAUGUUGAAAUUCUUCGGAUUAUUGGUGGAAUUGAAGGAUUGUGUCUUGGUUUGCAUACGGAUCCUAUUUUAGGAUUAAAUGUUGAUGAAAAAUGCGUUGCAAAGGAAGUAACAUUAAAAGAUUUAAUGAGUACAGAUGAUUAUUUAAUGUAUGAAAAAAUGUGCCAGGAUUAUAAAAUAGAAUGUCAAAAUUUAAAAUCAAAGGAUAAUGUUAAGAAAAAAUGCAUGUUUUGGAAAAAGAAAAAAAUGGAAUUUUCUCCUUCUAAUUCCUUAUUUAUGAAGAAAAAGUUUUCUGAAAAAACGAAUUGCAUGAAAUUAUAUUUUAAAAAGUUUUUUCAUUGUAUUAAUAUGAUAUAUAAUGCUAUUUUACGAAUAUUGUGCUUCAUUCCAAAAUUAAUGCUUAAGAUCAAAUUUAUACGGGUUUUAAAGGAAGUAUUUAUUGGAAAAUCUGAAUCUUAUAAGGAAUUUUUAAGUCUUUAUGGUGAAUCGUUUAAAACGCGUAUUUCAGUUUUUGGUAUUAAUCGUACACCUAAACGUCAUAUAAAGGGUAUAAUCCCUUUGAUUUUUAAUGUUUUUAAGGAUUCUAUUCUUAUAUUAUUGCUUUGUUCUACUAUCGUAUCUUUUGGUAUCGAUAUAUACUUUGGACUUGUUCAUUCUAAUGAUGAUGAAUCUUAUAACUCAAAUGUGGAUGGAAUUGCUAUGUUGGUAGCAAUAGCAGUUAUUUCAGUUGUUAGUGCAGUUAAUGAUUAUCAAAAAGAAGUACAAUUUGAGCAAUUAAAUGCCAAGAAAGAAAAUCAUGAUGUUAGAGUUAUACGAUCUGGAAAGCCUAUUUUUAUUUCUGUUUAUGAUCUUCAAGUGGGCGAUAUAUUACUCUUUGAACUUGGUGAUCUUCUUCCUGCUGAUGGAAUUUUGAUUGAUAGUUAUAAUUUAUGCUGUGAUGAAUCAAGUACUACCGGUGAAUCCGAUGCGAUUGAAAAAGUUUCUUGUUCUGUAUGUUUAGAAAAUACUUCCCCUGAUGUUAUAUUUGAUGAAAAGUACGAUCCCUUUAUGAUAAGUGGGAGUAAAGUAGUCGAAGGAACGGGAAAAUAUAUUGUUACAUCUGUAGGGCUACAUUCAUAUUACGAAAAAAUUAUGGUAUCUAUCCAAACAGAAUUAGAUAGUACCCCAUUGCAAAUAAAAUUAUCUAAGCUUGCCAUUGGAAUCUCGAAAUUUGGAAUAUGCGUAAGUUUUUCCUUAUUUGUUAUCCUUUUUUGCCGCUUUUUGGUUUAUUUGGUGGAUAAUAAAAUCACUAUUUAUGAAAAGGCGACAAAUUUUAUGAAAAUUUUAAUUGUUUCUAUAACCAUACUUGUUGUCGCUCUUCCUGAGGGUCUUCCCCUUGCUAUUACUCUUGCUUUGGCAUUUGCUACAAGAAAAAUGUCUAAAGAAAACAAUUUAGUCCGCCAUUUAAGAUCCUGUGAAACUAUGGGUAAUGUUACUACAAUAUGUUCAGAUAAAACGGGUACUUUGACGCAAAAUAAAAUGACUUUGGUUGUUGGAAUAAUAGGUCUUUCUACACAAUUUCGGGAUAAUUUUGAUUCGGAAAUUGAUGAAAAUACAAGUGAAAUGGUCACUUUGGAAGCUUCUUCCCUUUUAAAAUCAUUAAACCCUUCUGUAACACAGCUUAUUAUUCAAAGUAUUGUCGUUAGUUCAACUGCGUUUCUAGCUACAGAUAAACAAGGCAAAACUUCUUUUUUAGGAUCCAAAACGGAUUGUGCUUUACUAGAAUUUGCUCAGAAAUAUUUUAAUAUGGAUGAUCCCAGUAUUGAAAGAGCAAAGGUAGAUGUGUUACAAUUUAUACCGUUUAGUUCAUCGAGAAAAUAUAUGGCAUCAAUUAUUUCUUUGCCUAAUGGUGGUGCUAGAUUGUAUGUUAAAGGUGCUAGUGAAACAUUAUUGGAAUAUUCUUCAUAUGUACUUCAUGAACCUUUAUCGAGAAAAUCGGAUACUCUUUCCGUGUUGCCAUUAACACAAGAAGGAAAAGAUUUAAUAUACAAAACAAUUGUUAGAUAUGCAACACAUUCUUUAAGAACGAUUGCGCUUGUUUAUAAAGAUUUUGACGUCUGGCCUGAUCAUAAUUUGCAAAAUUCAAUAACCGGUUCAGAGAUUAAUUUUAAUAGCAUAUUUUCUCAGAUGAUUUUUAUUGGAGUGCUUGGUAUUAUGGAUUUAUUACGAGAAGGUGUGAAAGAUGCUAUUGAAACUUGCAAAAAAGCGGGAAUAACUGUUAGAAUGGUGACUGGUGACAAUAAAAUUACAGCUAGUGCUAUUGCUAGACUUUGUGGUAUAUAUACACCUGGAGGUAUUCUUAUGGAAGGUGUUGAUUUUAGAAAUUUAAGUUCUGAAGAUAUGGAUAUGAUUGUUCCUAAACUUCAAGUUUUAGCUAGAUCCACUCCUGAAGAUAAAAAAAUUCUUGUUACUAAACUUAAAGAAUUAGGUGAGAUUGUAGCCGUAACAGGUGAUGGCACAAAUGAUGGGCCUGCAUUAAAAAAAGCGGAUGUCGGGUUUUCCAUGGGUAUUUCUGGCACUGAUGUGGCCAAAGAAGCUUCCGAUAUUAUUUUGAUGGAUGAUAACUUUUCUUCUAUUGUUAAAGCAUGUGCAUGGGGUCGAACGAUAAAUCUUGCUAUUAAAAAGUUUUUACAGUUUCAAAUAACAGUCAACAUUACAGCUGUAUUUCUCGUCUUCGUAACAGCAAUAACAGAUUCGGAAAUGAGGUCUGUUCUUACUCCAGUGCAACUUCUUUGGGUCAAUUUAAUCAUGGAUACAUUUGCUGCAUUAGCUUUAGCAACAGAUCCCCCUAAUUCGACUAUUUUGAAUCGUAAGCCUGAGCCUAAAACAUCUCUUAUUACUUUUGAAAUGUGGAAAAUGAUUAUUGCGCAAUCUAUAUAUCAGCUUCUUGUUAUGCUAUCUUUACGUUUUUGGGGGGGUACUAUAUUUAGAUAUAAUAAUGAACGUGCUUAUAUGUUUGAUACUUUGCCUACUUUGAUAUUUAAUGUUUUUGUUUUUAUGCAGAUUUUUAAUGAAUUAAAUUGUUGGAGAUUAGGUAAUGAUGUAAAUAUUUUUGAAGGGAUUAGAUCGAAUCCUUGGUAUAUUUUUAUUAACCUUAUUAUGAUAUCGGGACAAGUUAUUAUUGUUUUUUAUGGUGGUAAAGCAUUUCAAGUCAGUCCUCUUAAUUUAGAGCAAUGGGGGAUUUCAAUAUUUUUAGGUGCAUUAUCAGUACUUGUUUUUAUCCUAGUCAGGCAUAUUCCUGAUAGAUUUUUGAUGAAAAUAAUUCCUCUUUCUUUUAAACAGUCGCUUUUGAAAUCUGAUAAUUCGUUUUCUAAUAGUCAAACACAAUGGGAUCUUGCAUCUUUGCAAGUUAAAGAUGAAUUGGUAUUUCUUAAAGCUCUUAAAAAUAGAUAUACUGUAGAUUAUUCCCGGAGAACUCAGGAAAUGAAUAGAUUUUAUGAAAAAUUAACCCAAGCUAUUCAUAUUACGGGUGAGGAUACGGAAAAAGUUAAAGAUCUUUUAUCUAAGCAAAAUUUUCAAUUCUUUGUGACGCCUAGUCUUAGAGCUGCAACCUUAGCGCCUGCAAUAAUGGCAGGUUCUAUUGGAGGUUGUAUAUCUAGUGGUUUACCACAAACUGCGGUCUUUAAUGAUUCAUUACGUGAUAGGGGUGUUGAAUUAUAUUCAUUCGCACAAUCUGAUAAGACAACGAAUACCUUCGAUCAAAAUUUUGAAAAAUAG